AUGGCGCUCGAUACCCGUCAACUCCGCGAUGAGGCGGUUCGUGACAGAGUCAGACUCGCGACCGAGUUCCUCGAUCCCACCGACCCUCGGGCCCGGUCGUACCGCGGUGACAUCGUGUUGAUGCUCAAUCGUGGUCUGCGACGACUCGUGGUCAGCAUUGACGAUAUUCGAUCUCACUCACGACCACUUGCGGACGGCCUCCUCUAUCAGCCCUUCGACUUCUCCCUAGCCUUUGAUGCGGCCCUGAAGACUAUCAUCAGUACGGUCCCGAAUCGAGCAAACUUCGAGCAAGAUGAAGACACACUAUACUAUGUCGCGUAUUCUGGGUCCUUUGGAGAAAAUUCAUGCAGUCCAAGAACACUCGGAAGUUCGCUGUUGAACCGUAUGGUUUGUCUGGAAGGCAUCGUCACCAAGUGCAGUCUCGUCAGGCCAAAGGUUGUCAAGAGUGUGCAUUGGAAUGAGAAGAAGAAAACAUUCAUGUUCCGAGAAUACAGAGAUCAGACCAUGACUGCCAAUGGACCGGCAAGUUCAAGUGUCUAUCCUCAAGAAGAUGGAGAGGGCAAUCCACUGAUUACAGAAUAUGGUUAUUGCACCUACAGAGAUCAUCAGACAAUUAGUAUCCAAGAAAUGCCCGAAAGAGCACCUGCCGGUCAGUUGCCUCGCGGUGUUGAUGUGAUUCUGGAUGAUGACAUGGUUGACCGGGUCAAGCCUGGUGAUCGAAUUCAGCUCGUUGGGAUCUUCAGAUCUUUGGGUAAUAGAAAUGCUGGAGCUGGAUCUGCAAUCUUCAGAACACUCAUUCUAGCCAACAAUAUUGUCUUGCUGUCUUCAAAAUCAGGUGGUGGCAUUGCACAAGCUACCAUCACUGAUCAGGAUGUACGGAACAUCAACAAGAUGUCCAAGAAAGCCAAUAUCUUUGAGCUAUUGUCGCAGUCUCUUGCUCCCAGUAUCUUCGGACAUGAUCACAUCAAACAGGCGAUCUUGCUUAUGUUAUUGGGUGGCAUGGAAAAGAAUCUACCAAACGGUACCCAUCUGAGGGGUGACAUCAACGUCCUCAUGGUGGGCGAUCCAUCCACCGCCAAAUCACAGCUCUUGCGUUUUGUUCUCAACACUGCACCACUGGCUAUUGCUACGACUGGCCGAGGCUCGUCAGGCGUUGGUCUUACUGCUGCAGUCACAUCAGACAAAGAAACUGGAGAACGGAGACUUGAGGCCGGUGCCAUGGUCUUGGGUGAUCGUGGUGUUGUUUGCAUUGAUGAGUUCGACAAGAUGAGUGAUAUCGAUCGAGUUGCUAUCCACGAAGUCAUGGAGCAGCAGACCGUUACGAUUGCCAAAGCUGGAAUCCACACCACUCUCAAUGCACGCUGCAGUGUCAUCGCAGCAGCAAAUCCAAUCUUCGGCCAAUAUGACAGCAACAAGGAUCCACACAAGAACAUUGCGCUGCCCGAUUCUCUGCUCUCGCGUUUUGAUUUACUCUUCGUGGUAACAGAUGAUAUCAAUGAUGAGAGAGAUCGGGAAAUUUCUGAACAUGUUCUCCGGAUGCAUACCUACAGAGCGCCAGGUACCGAAGAAGGAGCGCCACUCCGCGAACAAUCAAAUCAAAUGCUUGGCAUCGGCAUCCAGGAAGAUCAAAAUGAUACUCAAACAACUACAGAAGUUUGGGAGAAGUACAGUGUUGUCCUUCAUUCUGGCAUGACAAUUACAAGUGGCCGUGGGAGAAACAAGCAGAUCACACCAAUCAGCAUGCCUUUCAUCAAGAAAUACAUCCAGUACGCGAAGAGCAGGUGCAAGCCUGUCUUGACUAAGAAGGCUAGUGAUUACGUGGUGGCAGCCUAUUCGAAUUUGAGAAACGACGAAAUCGAGGGUAACCAAAGAAGAACCAGUCCGAUGACUGCCAGAACAUUGGAGACUCUCAUUCGACUCUCGACUGCUCAUGCAAAGGCAAGGCUGUCAAGCCGUGUCGAGGAGAGUGACGCAAUUGCAGCAGAGCGGAUUCUCAAGUUUGCUCUGUUCAGAGAACUGGCUGUCAAAGAAGACGGCAGAAAGAAGAGACGUAAGACGCAAGAUGUCAAUAUGGAUAGCUCGGACGAGGAGGACUCGGACGGCGGCGACGAUAGCAGUGAUGCUGACGAUGCUGAUACUGCCUAUCGAGGAUCAGCAGCAAAUCGAAAGACAGCAGCGAAACCACAAACCAGAAGCCAAAAGUCCACUCGUACGCAAGGUGCAGCAAACGGUUCGGGUCCUUCUCGCCGGGCUGCCGAUGACGACGAUGAAGAGGAAGAGGAGGACGACUCCGACGAUGAACCUGUCUCUUCUCAACGCCCAACAGGGGCUGAGUCUCAGCUGUCGCGUAUGUCUCUAGCUAGCUCUAUUCCCAGCUCUCAGCUGCCACCGACACAGACGGAUUCUCAAUCCCAGUCUCGUCGAAGUCAAACUCGUACACAAAACGAGAUACCUGGAUCGCCAGAGUCCUCACCCGAGCGUGGGCCAAGCAUUGCACCACAACGAUUCCGCACAUUCCGCGAAACACUCGGCCCACUCACUCAGACAUCCCUCUUCCAAAAUGACAUGGCCACUGUGGACGACAUCACGGCCGCGGUGAAUCAUCGCUUGACGGAGAGGAGUAGAAAUGCCACCGAGUUCUCGGGCGAGGAAGUCACCGCUGCCCUCAAGGCAAUGGGUGAGGCGAACCAGAUCAUGUUCCUGGAGGACAGUGGCGAGGUGUACACGCUGUAG